AUGGUGGGAAAGGCAAGGACUUGGGGGUGCGCGGAGCGUUGUGCGCACGCACACCUGGUCGGGGCCGCAGCCCAGCCCAGAAGCGCCGUUCCGGGGGAUGGUGGUUCCCUUCGCUGCCCGGGUCUGUCAGAUCACCGACCCUCGCCCUUUACUUGUGCUGGUGGCCGCUUCUUGCGCCGCUGGGGUUUGGGUUUUCAGCCUGGGCGUUGUCUGGCCAGAGCUGUCUUUGGACUGGAGGACAAAACAUUUGGCUUGAAGAAUAAAAAAGGUGCAAAACAACAGAAAUUUAUCAAGGCUGUGACUCACCAGGUUAAAUUUGGUCAGCAAAAUCCACGUCAGGCUGCUCAAACAGAAAGUGAGAAGAAAUUAAAAAAAGAAGAUAAGAAAAAAGAAUUACAAGAAUUAAAUGAGCUCUUCAAGCCUGUGGUUGCUGCACAGAAAAUUAGCAAAGGUGCUGACCCCAAAUCUGUAGUUUGUGCUUUCUUCAAGCAAGGACAAUGCACUAAAGGAGACAAGUGCAAGUUUUCUCAUGAUUUGUCUUUGGAAAGGAAGUGUGAAAAACGAAGUGUCUACAUUGAUGCGAGAGAUGAAGACCUUGAAAAAGAUACAAUGGAUAACUGGGAUGAGAAGAAGCUGGAAGAAGUGGUGAACAAGAAGCAUGGUGAGGCGGAAAAGAAAAAACCCAAAACUCAAAUAGUCUGCAAAUAUUUCCUUGAUGCUAUUGAAAACAACAAAUAUGGAUGGUUUUGGGUCUGUCCAGGUGGAGGCGACAACUGCAUGUAUCGCCAUGCUCUCCCUCCAGGUUUUGUAUUAAAAAAAGACAAAAAGAAGGAGGAAAAGCAAGAUGAAAUUUCUUUAGAAGAUCUAAUAGAAAAAGAGCGCGCUGCAUUAGGACCAAAUGUUACCAAAAUUACUCUAGAGUGUUUUAUUGCAUGGAAGAGAAGAAAAAGACAAGAAAAAAUUGAUAAAGCUGAGCAAGAUAUGGAGAGGAGAAAAGCAGAUUUUAAAGCUGGCAAAGCACUGGUGAUUAGUGGACGUGAAGUAUUUGAGUUCCGGCCAGAGUUGGUUGAUGCAGAUGAUGAAGAAGCAGAUGACACCCGUUAUGUUCAAGGAACAGGAGAAGAUGAUGAGAUGGAAGACCCUGUGUGCAUAAAUGAUGUUGAUUUGAAUCUGUAUGUCCCAAAGGCUGUAGAUGAGACUGGCAUUACUGUGGCUAGUCCUGAGCGAUUCAGCACAUACAGCUCAAUAGAAAAGGAUGAUAAUAAAUUAAGUGAAGCUUCUGGUGGUGAUAUAAACAGCAGUGAGCAAAAUGAUUUAGAGGAAGAUAAUGAUGGAGAUGGGGAGUUGGAAAAUGGAGUAAUGGAUGCAGUUCCAGUUGAUGAAAAUCUUUUUACUGGAGAGGACUUGGAUGAACUAGAAGAAGAACUAAACACUCUUGAUUUAGAAGAAUGAAUUAAAAAGCUCAAGUGAGGAAUUAAAUCAAUGUGACAAAGUGAAAACUGACUACAUUUUUUCUCAUUUUUGAAUAGAAUUCUUAAACAGGAUGUUUAUGGUUACCCAGCUGAUUCUGAUGGGCACGACAUAUGCCAGGAGUAUUUUCCUUCCAUCUCAUCUACUCAAAUCUUGACUAUGCUCACAGUAAAAUAUUCAGAAUAGUUGAGAAUUACCUGGCAGCUGACUGCAGAAAAUGAGAUUAUAACUUUCAACUAAAAGUAGGAAGUGUAACUGCUUUGCCAGUGUGCAAGUAUAAGUGGGCAAUUUGAUACCAGGUACAGUAUAAAAAUCAAAGUAUACAUUCUUCACCAGAACUGCAUUUUUAUUAGUGGUUGUGUUGAUUUAGAAACUGCCUAGAAGUGUUUUUAGGCAGCAUUCUCUAAUGGAGCUGAUGCAGAUUAUGCUUCAAGUGGUAAUUAGCUUUGUUUGAUCAGCUGGAUACCGAAGAUUGUGAACUGAUACAUCAUACAAUACGGUGCCCUCUGUUUAAAAUGUUUUAAACUUUCCCACCGGCUUUUGCCAACAAAACUGUAAAUAAAAACUAUCAACUUUAA